AUGCUCAACAUUACCUCAGCCAUGGAGUCCUCGGUUCUCUCCCUCACUCAGUCAGCCCAGUCCCAUAACCCACCGGAAGAAACCCUCUUUAAUCUCAGCGGUCUGCCCCCCGAGUUGAUCCUAGAGAUCGCAAAGAACCUAGAUGAUCGAUCCCUGGCCAACAUGGUCCAGUCGUGCCGUGAUUUCCAGUGGCUCUUAACCCUUGACCUCCAAAAACGGGCCCGGCUUGCCGCUCUCGCCCCGCGAGAUCUCUACGAAGAGAAUUAUGUUUACAACGACGACGACCACCCCGGUAUUGACGAGCCGGUCUUGCGUCUCGGACGCACGAUCAGCGUCCCGAGGCGAGGCUUCGGCCCGUUGGCAACUGAGCUCCUCGGACGAGGUAUCGUUUUCCGUAACCUGCACACCGUACGGUUCUUUCUGCAGAGUGGUAUCAGCGCAAACGCAUACACAGUCUGUGGAAUGCGCAUGCUAACCCUAGCCGUUGAAAGCUCCUACAUGCCGAUGAUCGAUCUCCUUCUGGAGUUCAAAGCCGAUGCAUCCCUCCUAGACCUAAUUGUCCAGCGGAAUCCUCUUGCCCAUGCGGCCGCGGCCGGCAACGACGAGUGCGUGCAACGCUUUAUCCGGGCAGGAGCAGACGUGAACCAUCGGGCUGUGAUGCAGUUGAUGGCGAGGUUCUGCACCCUCCAGACCUUAGCCAUGGCUGCGACCACAGGAGCUGAUUUCGCCUCCGCCAGAUGUCUAGAGCACGACGUGUGCGGGAUGACCAUAUUGCACAAUGUCGUUGAACGCAGGGACCCGCAGGUCCUGGCGUGGAUCAUGCCUCGCUUGCCAACUGGCUUGAUCAAUUCCCUCAAUAGCUUGGGCCACACAGCUCUCCACAUGGCUGUUCUCUCCCAGACGCCCCAGCUUCUCGUAGCCCCGUUCCUCUGCAGCCAAGACGUUGACCUCAAUAUCCAGGAUGUCACCGGGUACACCGCCCUCCACCGAGCGAUCGAAAGAGGCCAUUUCGACACGGCCCAGUUGCUGCUCCAGAAAGGCGCCCGCGUCAAUCUGACCACCAGUGAUGGCGAGACUGAGCUGCACUUGGCGGUUGUAAUGGGCGACUAUGACAUCGUGCGUUCCUUGCUCCAGCGUGGCGCCGAUAUCAAUGCCUUUCGCCCCGUUACCGGAACCCCUUUGCACUAUGCAAUGCAGCGGCGCAACACGAUACUUAUCGCCAUUCUUCUUCGCGAAUCCUUGAUGGCGCCUAAUUUAGGCCUGAGGGAUAUGCAUGGCCGUACUACGCAUCAGCUAGCACUGACUUAUCAACAGCCGGAUCUACUCUCCCUUUUCUUCUGA